AUGGCAUCCGCGACCACGAAACCCGGGGGCCGGGCAGCUAUAUUAUCUCGAAGAGAGGUCGAGGGGCUGAUUGCCAACGGAAGACACAUAAUUAUUGUCGACCAGCAGGUGUUGAAGGUAGACGCAUGGCUGCAAUACCAUCCUGGAGGAGACAAAUCUAUUUUGCACAUGGUUGGCAGAGAUGCUACAGACGAAGUGCAUGGCUAUCACUCGGCGGAAACUUUAAAGCUGAUGAUGAAAUACCGCAUUGGUACUAUCGACGGACGAUGGAUCAACUUUAUACCACCAAUACAAGGUGGUAAGUUUCGACCUUACGUGGAAGGAGUGGCAGACGCCGAGGAGGGCCAGGACGAAGACAAUGAUCUAUGCUCGGAUGCCUCACGGGCGCCCUCGCCAGUUUUUGAUACGGAAAUAUUGAGUGCUCGCCAUCGAGGCACCUCCAAGAAUGACCGUCUUGUAUCUUCAGCGUCGUCAGCAUCAUCUGUUUCAGAGCCGGAUGAUGGCAUGACUUGGCUAGACACCCUUACGCGGGAGCGAAUUGAUUUGGAUAUCGCCAAGUACCCGUCCUUAGAUCUAGCCACCCAAGAUGAAGUGGUUCGCAAAUAUCGCCUGCUGGAUGAACGAAUACGAGCUGAAAGAUUAUACGAUUGCAAUUACUCUGCGUAUGCAAUCGAAACUUGCCGCUACACCUUCUUCUUCUCCAUGUUCCUCCUUUUCCUUCACUGGGGAUGGUACAUACCGAGUGCAGCUUUCUUAGGAUGCCUGUGGCAUCAGCUCACUUUUACCGUACAUGAUGCAGGCCACAUGGGUAUUACGCAUAACUUCCACACAGAUUCACUCAUUGGCAUCUUCAUUGCAAAUUAUAUCGGAGGUUUGUCGAUUGGCUGGUGGAAACGAAAUCACAAUGUUCAUCAUAUCGUUACGAAUUCUCCUGAGCAUGAUCCUGACAUCGAGUAUAUACCUUUCUUCGCCGUCUCCCACCGAUUUUUAGAGUCUUUGACUUCCACUUUUUACGAGAAGCUUAUGCCCUUUGAUGCUGUUGCUGAAUUUCUCCUGCCCUAUCAGGCUUAUCUAUACUACCCAAUUCUCACUUUUGGAAGGUUCAAUCUAUACGUUUUAAGCUGGGGAUACCUUCUUCGAGGACUCGGACCGAGAAAAGGGCCUGCUUGGUGGCAUCGAUGGGUCGAGCUUGUUGGUCAAGUUUUCUUCUGGUAUUGGUAUGGGUACGUGGUUUUGUACAAGAGUAUCCCUACCAACUCCGAUCGGUUCGCUUUCCUCAUGAUCAGCCACAUGAUAACAAUGCCAUUGCAUGCACAAAUCACGUUGUCUCACUUCUCCAUGAGCACAGCCGAGCUUGGACCGCAUGAGUCUUUUCCACAGAAGAUGCUCAGAACCACCAUGGACAUCGAUUGUCCACAGUGGCUUGAUUUCUUCCACGGAGGUCUACAAUUCCAGGCUGUUCACCACCUCUUUCCAAGGAUGCCACGGCACAACCUUCGCAGAACCCAGACACUAGUCCAGGAAUUCUGUACCGAUGUGGGAAUUCCAUAUGCUCUUUAUGGCGUCGUCGAUGGCAGCAAGCAGGUCAUCGGAAGGCUUGGGGAAGUCGGGAGGCAGGCCGCAAUUCUUUCCAAAUGCCAAAAGACUAUGGCCAAGAGAGGCGACUUGCUUCAUGGGCAUUGA